AUGGCUACUAUCCGCAGUGUUCUAUCCGCUCAGGCAGGAGCGCAGCAGAUCAGCUUCUCGGCCACGUGUCAACGCAGAGCGCAGCGCCAGGCAGUCACACCAACGGCCAGUUUCCCCCGCAACCCCGCGUUCCGAGCUUCCGCCGCUCCUCCCUCGGCGCAUCCCUCCGCUUUCCUAGGCCAGCAGGACUCCCUCCGCUUGCGCAAGGCCUCCCCUUCCGCCGUCUCCCCAUCCGCGCCCCGCCGGCGCGUCUCCCCCGUGAGAGCCGCGGAUGGCGACAGCGACGUCCCCGCGUUCAAGGGCUUUCCGCCGAUGCAGACGCGGCCCGCGUGGUACUGGCGAAUCGCAGCCGUCGUUCCGUACCUGCUGCCGCUCUGCGAGGCGUGGAUCUACAGCGAAACGGCUCAAUCGCUCUUCCAUUUCCUCUUCACAUACGAGCAGCUGUGCCAGCCGUUCCUGAUGCUGCUGGAUCCCGUACGAGUAAAAAGGUCUAUCAUCCCCACCUUUUUAUUCUUCCCCAUCGUUUGUGUUCCCCCUCUUUCUUGUAAUGUUUUCUUCCUCCUUCCUUCGUCUUCUACUCAUCUUCAGUUUUCUUCCUCCUUCCUUCGUCUUCUACUCAUCUUCAGUUUUCUUCCUCCUUCCUUUGUCUUCUACUCAUCUUCAGUUUUCUUCCUCCUUCCUUUGUCUUCUACUCAUCUUCAGUUUUCUUCCUCCUUCCUUUGUCUUCUCCAUCCACCCUUCCUUUCUUCCCGCUCUCUCCAUCUUCUCCCCCCACUUUCCCCCACCCUCUCCAUUCCCGCCUCUGCCCCUUUCCACCUCACCCGUUCUUCUCGAACCGCAGAUCUUCCCUUCGUCAGCGAGCCGUUGGGUCCGGAGCGCGCGCACGCGGUCGUGGCGCGAGCGAACGCCACGUGGCAACUCUUCGUCGAUCAGAACGUCCCCGCAGAGCCCUGGGCGCCGCCGGCCGCGGUCCUCAACGGAAGCUUCCUCGAAAGCAUCUGGAAGCGCAAAUACAUGGGCGACUGCGCGCCGUCCUCCGCGAUUCCCGUUUCCCAGCCGGCGCACUUGCAGCAGCAGCAGCAAGCGGAGAAUGCGGCGCAAAAAGCGGCAGCGGAAGCGGUCUCCGGCGCUCUGGUGGAGGAAAAGCCAGCCAACGGCAACUCGACGGGUGCUGUCAUCACGAGUACAUGGGGAGCUGCUGUGGUGUGUUGUGUGAUGUACCAUGUGAGAGAAGGGGUGGUUGCCAAGCAGAGGGGAAAGGAGGUGUGUGAAAGAAAGGAGAGGGACAGGAAAUGUGGAGGAAGGAAACAAAGGGGAUGGAGGAGAGGGGAUGACAAAAAAUGA